AUGGCCGUAGAAGAUCCAAUACUCGUCAGUCUGGAAGACCCCGCUGUUCUUGUAGACGGAAGAAGCAGUGAUGAUAUCGAGCAAUUAUCCGAGUCUCAGGCUCUUCUUCAGCAGGUUGAAGAGACAAGCUGGAAACCUCCCAAGGGAUUCGUAUGGAUCCAAGUCGCAAUCUUCGCCAAUGUCUUCCUGUCAGGCUUCGAUGGGACCAUUACAGUCUCAACAUACGCACUUAUCAGCUCCGAAUUCAACGCAGCCAACACGGCAUCUUGGCUGACGACAUCCUACUUGAUCACAAGUACAGCUUUUCAGCCAAUCUACGGGCGAAUGUCUGAUAUUUUUGGGCGAAAGCCGUGUUUCUACGUCAGCACCAUCUCGUUCCUUCUUGGCUGUCUUGGCUGUGGAGUGGCACAGGACAUGUUCUUGCUGAAUAUCAUGAGAGCAAUUACUGGGAUUGGAGGCGGCGGUCUGAUCACAAUUGCAACUAUUAUCAAUUCCGACUUGAUUCCUUUCCAAAAUCGAGGCAUGUAUCAAGCCGCACAGAAUGUGCUCCACGGGUUUGGGUCUAUCUGCGGUGCUUCCGUCGGCGGUGCAAUUGCCGAGACAAUCGGUUGGCGAUGGUGCUUUUCACUGCAGAUUCCACUGUCUGUAUUUGCACUUAUUGUCGGAAAGCUCGUUAUUCGUCUCCCAGAGAAAAGCAAUGGCCUCAAAAAUUUGACUCCUGGAUGGCGAGGCAUAUGGCAGCAGGUGGAUAUCCUAGGAACAGUGCUUCUCGUGUUAGGUCUGUCAGUUCAGCUUGUGGGCCUUAGUCUUGGAGGCAACGAGUUACCCUGGAACAAUCCAUGGAUUAUCUUGGCCCUGGUUGGUAGUGUCAUAUUGCUUGCACUAUUUCUUUGGACAGAAGCCAAGACAUCGGCUGCUCCAAUCAUUCCGCUUCGCCUGCUACAAGGCACAGUGCCAAUUUGUAUUCAAAUCGCCAAUCUUUGUGUAGGUAUGGGAGCAUAUGCUUUCCUAUUCAAUCUCCCACUAUUCUUCCAGGUCGUCCUCCUCGAUUCAGCCAGCACAGCUGGUGCGAGAUUGGUCAUUCCUUCGUUGGCAACUCCAGUCGGUGGCCUCAUUGCCGGUAUCAUCAUGUCGCGCUGGGGCAGACUGUCCCAAAUUGUGCAAUUGGGAGCUCUGUUGAUGUUUAUCGGAAAUCUUCUUGUCGCUUUGCUCCGCUUCAACGAUGCGAAUUGGAAGUACUUCGUCUACGUCUUCCCUGCCAAUUUAGGACAAGGCAUGGUGUAUCCUGGUAUAUUGUUUAGUUUUCUUGCUGCUUUUGACCAUACCGAUCAUGCGGUGUCAUCGUCAACCGUAUACCUCAUCCGGUCCUUGGGUAACGUCUGGGGCGUUGCCAUCACAUCUGCCGUCGUGCAAAACCAACUGAACUCGGGCCUUUCAAAGGCUCUGAGUGGAAUACCAGAUCAAUGGAAAGUAAAAUCCUUCAUCUUCAGAGCCGUGUAG